AUGACCGACAACUUCAUCGUCAAGAGGAUGCUCCGGGCUAUCACAUCAAGAAAUGUCACAUUGGUGACACUCAUCAGGGAGCGACAAGACUUCAAUGAUCUCACAUCUCAUGAUGUCCUUAGAAUAAUUCUAGCACAUGACUUGAUGCAACAAGAGUCUAAGGAAGUUUAUGACCUCACCAACCAAGGCUCAAGCUCAAAGAAGCAAGAUCUCACCUUGAAAGCAAAAAGAGAAGUUGAAUCAAGCACAAGUGAAGAUGAGAGUGAAGAUCAUCAAGGAAAGGAUGACAUGGCACUCUUUGUUAGAAUAAUCAACAAGUUUCUCAAUAAAAGUGGCUACAACAAGGAUAGUAGAAGGAAAGCCUUCAAAAAGUUAAAGGGAAGAUAUUCAUUGAGAAGAUGCUAUGAAUGUGAUGAGCUGGGUCACUUUAUAACCGAUUGUCCGAACAAGAAGGACAAGAAAGACAAUGAGAAGAAAGACAAGCACCACAAGAAAGACAAGAGCAAGUAUCAUAAGAAGAACUACAAAGGGCAAGCUCACAUUGGUCAAGAGUGGGAUUCCAACAACUCCGACACUGACUCCGAUGAGGAUGAAGGUGUUGCAACUAUUGCCUUUGCAACCACUCCACCAACCAAGUCACUAUUUGAUCACUCAAGCGACGACGAGGCACCCGUUUGUCUUAUGGCAAAAGGGCGCAAGGUAUCAUCUACUACCAAAUCCCUUAACAUUGAUGUUACUAGUGAGCAUGGUAGUAGUAGUGAUAGUGAUGACGACUUGCUAGAUGAUUUAAGUAAAAUAUCUUUACCUAUCAUAUGUGAGUUACUUGAGACAAUAUAA